AACCCAACAAUCGCUUCGCUUCGACAAUCCAACUUUCCCGCUCUAUAAACAAGAAAAAUUCAGAUUAGGGAUCAAGAAAUUGCAGAUUCAGAGAGAGAGAGAGAGAGAUAUAGAGGAAAAAUGGCUGUGGAGACAGUAGCACCAGCACCCUUGCCAACACCGGCAACAGCACCCACUGGAUCCCCCACUGAGAUGUCCGUCGCUGCUCAGGCACAGCAGAAGAAGAACCGGAUUCAAGUCUCCAACACCAAGAAGCCGCUCUUCUUUUAUGUCAAUCUCGCUAAGAGGUAUAUACAGCAACAUGACGAGGUUGAGCUUUCUGCCUUGGGCAUGGCAAUCACCACUGUUGUCACAAUUGCUGAGAUCUUGAAGAACAAUGGAUUAGCCACCGAGAAGAAAGUAUUGACAUCUACAGUAGGCAUGAAAGAUGAAAACAAAGGACGACUGGUUCAGAAGGCCAAGAUCGAGAUAGUGUUGGGGAAAUCUGAGAAAUUUGACAGUCUGAUGGAUGCUGCCAAUACAGCCCCAGAGGAGGACUCCAAAGAGAAGGAGCAGCAAUGCUGAUGGAGGCUUUGUUGCUUAAUAGUGAUAAGUGGGAAGGCAUAAUUGGGAGCCAGUUGCACUUGUAUGUGCCGCCUCUUUACAACUCUUCACAGUUGUACAGACAUAUUACGCUAUUAAACUCUUUCUGCACAUGUAUCUUUUAUGCCUCAUUAUAAUGAAAUUGUACCUUACCUUUUUGCAUGA